GUUUCCGCUUUGCCCCGGCGGGCAAAAGAGAUAAAGGGCACGACCCCUUUCCCAGACUCGCCCAGUUUCUGCGAUCUACACAGCAGCCCUUGAGGCCGCCCCCAGAGAACAUCAGGAUGGCCGAGGAAAAAGCUGAAAAGCCAGUGCUGGAGGAAACUGCAUUUGAGGAAAUUGAAAAAGAUUUUCAAGAGGUUCUCAGUGAACUUUCAGGUGACAAAAGUUUGGAAAAGUUUAGAAUUGAAUAUGAGAAGCUUCACACCAUUAUGAAAAAGUCUUAUGACAAUGAAAAGCGGCUGAUGGCUAAAUGUCGAGAACUGAACGCCGAGAUUGUGGUUAAUUCGGCGAAGGUCGCCACUGCCCUGAAGCUGUCCCAGGAUGAUCAGACCACCAUCGCGUCUCUGAAGAAGGAAAUUGAAAAGGCCUGGAAGAUGGUGGACUCGGCCUAUGAUAAGGAGCAGAAGGCCAAGGAGACGAUUCUUGCCCUGAAAGAGGAAAUAGUAAACUUGACCAAGCUAGUCGAGCAAGGGUCUGGACUGUCACUGAACCAGGACAGCAAUAUCCGAGACUUACUGAAGUUCAAAGAAGAAGUGACCAAGGAGCGAGAUCAGCUCCUGUCAGAAGUGGUGAAGCUGCGGGAGUCCUUAGCUCAGACCACUGAGCAGCAUCAGGAGAUGGAGCGAGCGAAGGAGGAGGCCCAGCAGACCAUCAGUCAGUUCCAACAAGAAAUCCAGUAUCGCCAGAAUGAGGCCUCGAGGGAGUCUCGGAAGAAGGAGAAACUGGAGAAGGAGCUCAAGCAGAUCCAGACCGACAUGGACACCAGGCAGACGGAGAUCAAGGCCCUGCAGCAGUAUGUGCAGAAGAGCAAGGAGGAGCUGCAGCGGCUGGAGCAGCAGCUCAAGGAACAGAAAAUACUGAAUGAGAGAGCUGCAAAGGAACUCGAGCAGUUCCAGAUAAGAAAUUCUAAACUUCAGCAAGAGAACGAGCAGCACAGCCUGGCUUGUGAGCAGCUGUCCCAGGAAAACCAGCAGAAGGCACUGGAGCUCAAAGCCAAGGAGGAGGAAGUCCAUCAAAUGCGCCUUGACAUUGGGAAGCUCAACAAAAUUAGAGAACAAAUCCAUAAGAAAUUGCAUCACAUCGAAGAUCAAAAGGCAGAGGUGGAGCAACACAAGGAAACCCUAAAAAAUCAGAUCUUGGGAUUAGAGAGAGAGGUGGAGACUUCGAAAAAACAAGCAGAACUGGAUAAGAAAGCAAUGGAUGAGCUCCUGCGUGAGAGAGACAUCCUAAAUAAGAACAUGCUUAAGGCCAUUAACGCAACCCAGAAGCAGGUAGACCUGGUAAAGCUCCAUGAACAAACCAAGCGGAAUCUGGAAGAAGAAAUCCAGAACUACAAGGAGGAGGCCCAGAAGCAGAGAAAGAUCAUCUUUCAGCUGGAGAAGGAGCGUGAUCGGUACAUCAGUGAAGCCAGUGACUACACCCAGAAGCUCCUUAUGAACAUGGAAGAUAUAAAAGUCCGUGAAAUGCAGAUUUUUCACUACAAGAAAAAAAUAGCUGAAUUGGAGACUAAAUUAAAACAUCAACAGAACCUGUAUGAAGCUGUGAGGUCAGACCGGAAUCUGUGUAGCAAAAAUCUGGUCGAGGCGCAGGAUGAAAUCACAGAAAUGAAGAGAAAGUUAAAGAUUAUGACCCAUCAAGUAGAUCAACUGAAAGAAGAGAUCUCUGCCAAAGAGUCUGCCCUGGUGAAGCUCAAUUUGGAGCAGCAGCGAAUAGAAAAGGAAAAAGAAACCCUGAAGGCUGAGCUGCAGAAGCUGCGACAGCAAGCCCUGGAGACCAAGCACUUCAUUGAGAAACAGGAGGCAGAGGAGAGGAAGCUGCUGCGAAUCAUUGCAGAAGCUGACGGGGAGAGAAUGAGGCAGAAGAAGGAACUAGAUCAGGUCAUCAGUGAAAGGGACAUCCUGGGGUCUCAACUUGUUCGGCGCAAUGAUGAGUUAGCUUUGCUCUACGAGAAGAUCAAGAUCCAGCAGUCCGUGCUGAACAAAGGGGAGAGUCAGUACAACCAGCGGCUGGAGGACAUGAGGAUCCUCAAACUGGAGAUCAAGAAGCUUCGCCGGGAAAAGGGCAUUCUCGCCAAGAGCGUGGCUAAUGUCGAGGAGCUCAGGCAGGAGCUUUUUCACAUGCAGAGAGAAUUCCUGAAGGAGAGGACCCGAUGCCGAGCCCUGGAGGAGGAACUAGAGAACCCCAUGAACGUACACCGAUGGAGGAAGCUUGAGGCCAGUGACCCCAGUUCCUUUGAGCUUAUACAGAAAAUCCACGCCUUGCAGAAGCGGCUCAUCAGCAAGACGGAGGAGGUGGUGGAGAAAGAGCUGCUCCUGCAGGAGAAGGAGAAGUUGUACGUGGAACUGAAGCACAUUUUGGCCCGGCAGCCUGGCCCUGAGGCUGCGGAACAGCUGCAGAUCUAUCGGCACACCCUGCGGGAGAAGACCAAGCAGCUUAAGGUUUUGUCUUCAGAGCUGAAUAUGUAUGAAUCACAAAGCCAAGAGUAUAAGUAUGAGAUUGAGAAACUCGGCAAUGAACUGAUGAAUGUAAAGAAGAAAUAUCUGGCUCAGAAACGCAAAGAACUUGCACAAAAGAACAAAGACCAACUUCCCAUAGAGAACACCAUCUUGAUUGCCAAGCCCACGGGCCCUCGUUUUAUUGGGGGUGGAUUUCCCCUCACCAAGACACCCAGUAUAAAGUCCUAAUUUGAAGCUUCUACCUGGGUCCAGUAGAACAGCUUACAGGAGGAAAUUUGCACUGGAAUGCUUUCAAAUAAGUUCUUUUAUAAUCCUUGGAUCAUAAAUAUCUAGGAAAAUCAUACCCAGAUUCCAGGAGGAAAGAAAUGCAGAACUAAUAUACUCAGAGACACACAAGACUGAUGCUGUUUUACCUGGACCAUGUGACAUUAAUGGAUUAUAAUUAUAACUUUAUCUAUUCAAUUAGGCUGAUUCACUGAAGGAAGCAGGGUUUUUUUUUUUUUUUGUUUGUUUGUUUCAGCCACACCACCAGAUUUGAAACGCACCAGAUGUGGAUACUCCACAUGGAUGAAACUUUGGAUCUUAAUUGCUCUAUUACUGAUAUUUAUGCACUUGAAGAUUUUAUAUUUUAAAAAUAUUUUUGCAAUGCAAUGCAUCUCCAUUCCUCUUAUUAAUAUGAAUCAAUUUUAAUUAUUGCUCAUUAACAAGCAAGGAGAGGAGAAAGAAGGACAUACUCUCAAGUAGAUAAAGUGUUCUGAGAAUGAUUUCAAUGUGGAAUAUCUUUUUAGGCCUGCAGUAGGAAAAUCUAUUCCAAAUAGAUAUACCAAUAAAUUCCUCAUCAUAAAAAAUAUAAAAGAGCUGUUGUAGAGAUUUUGCUCUUCACUUUAGUAUGGUAUGGAAUUAAAGUUUAAAAUUAC